GCGGCCGCCCGCGCAGGCGCAACGUCGUGAGUCGCCUAGUCGUGACGUGACGUAAUUCAUCCAUUCAUACUUUUUAUUCUCAAUGAAAAGUAUUUUCAAAAUAUUAAAGAUUGUGAUUCACCUUGUAGGUUUUGGAAUUGUUUACAGUAGCGAGAUAUGUGUUAAUAAUUUAUAAUUAUUAGUGCAGUGUAUUCAACAUUAAGUAAUAGCUGUAUCAAAAGUGCAUUCAUUCAUUGAUAAUAAAGUGCAUGUAUUGAGCACAUGCGCGUAGUUAGUGUGAAUUGUUCGAUUGAAUGCAGCAGUGCCGUACCUACAUAAUGUUAUGUUUGGAGUAAUGUGAAAUGAAUUUCGUAUUGAAUUUGUAAUUUCUAUAGAGAAUCUAAUAGCUGAAAACAGGCUCAAGUAGAACAUUACGACACUCCGGAAGUGGCGGGACAAGCAAGCACCAGCAAGCCGGCCGAGCUCGUUCCGAAAGAGAUAACAACGGAUGAAAGAGAUAAACAGUGAUGGAUUUAACAUGGCCGACGAUACGCGUAAAGUGCGAGUUGAAGAAAGAUUAAAAAUAAAGAUUGGAGAAGCUAAGAACCUCCCGGGUCGCAGCCAUGGCGCCGCGUGCCACCGCGAUAUUUACUGCGUGUUGUCACUCGACCAAGAAGAGAUAUUUCGCACUUCCACGAUGGAGAGGACCCUCAACCCAUUUUUCGGUGAGGAGUUUCAGUUCGAAGUACCCAGGAGAUUUAGAUAUUUAUCGAUAUACGUAUUCGAUCGCGACAAACAUCUCAAACAAGACAAGGUGCUGGGCAAGGUCGCUAUUAAACGAGAGGAUCUCCACCGGUACAACAAUAAGGACCACUGGUUCGCGCUGCGGCCGGUCGACGCAGACUCUGAGGUGCAGGGCAAGGCACACAUCGAGCUUUCACUGGAGGACUCGAGAAAGCGGUUCCGAGUGGAGCCCAAGCCGCCGGACCCCGACCCGGCGGCGGCGGCUGACAACUGUUCAACAAAGUCCAAAGGCAACAAUUUCGUCAGAAUAUCCGAAUACUGUAAAGAGAGCAUGAGGUUCGGCUCGUGCUCGAGCUCGACUAGUAAGAAAUUAUUGAGUGCUGCGGCGACGGAGCCCACGUUGACGCUGUCGCGGUCAGAGAGUCUGAAGGACCGCGCCCAAUGGGGCAAGCCCAGGACGAAACCUCCGAUGCACGCGAUGUCGGAGUCGGACGCGUCGCCCACACCCACCGCCGCCGACUACUGGUCGGACCCCGAGAGACACUGCGCGGCGCGCGUGGGCCCCGACACGCUGCGGCUCCGAGUGCUGGAGUGCUCAGAACUCACCACCAAGAAUGGACAGUGCGACCCGUUUGCUCUCGUCACGUUAUUGUACUCGAACGGGCGAAGAGUAGAAAGGCGUACUAAACCAAGAAAAAAGACUGUAAACCCCCAAUUUGACGAUUUUUUCUGUUUUGAUCUCGUAAUGGAUUCAGAUCCAAAGGACAAGGACGGUUCACAAUCGCCGGGCGUGGCGUGUGAGGCGCGCGUGUCUGUGUGGCACGACGCUGCCACUCCGGUGUUCCUGGGCGAGGUGCGGCUGCAGCUGCGGCAGCCGGCGCCGGCGCCUCUACGUGCAUGGUUCUUCCUAACGUCUCGUGCGGGCGGCGCCCUGUCGCGAGGCGCCACUCCGCCGGGCACGAGGCUGUCGGCCGCCGGCAGCGCCACACUGGGCUCGCUGCGGCUGCUGCUGCAGUACACCGUGGACCACGUGUUCCCGCUCGACCAUUACACCAAGUUGGAGGAGUUAUUCCUGCGCAGCGUGCAUCAGAAGCCAAUCACAGCGUCGGCGGUGUACAUCCUGGGCGAGAUCGUGUCGAGCAAGACGGACGCGGCGCAGCCUCUGGUGCGGCUGUUCACGCACCACGACCUCAUCGUGCCCAUCGUGCGGGAGUUAGCUGACGCCGAGAUAUCUGUGCUCACUGACGCGACGACGAUCUUCCGCGGCAACACGCUCGUGUCCAAGAUGAUGGACGAGGCGAUGCGGCUGACGGGCGCCUCGUACCUGCGCUCGGUGCUGCGGCCCACGCUGGCGGCCGUGCUGGCGGAGCGCCGGCCCUGCGAGAUCGACCCCGCCCGGGUCAAACCCUCCGCCGCCAUCACCGCCAACCUUGCUAACCUCAAGGAGUACGUCGAGAGGGUGUUCGCGGCGAUAACGUCGUCGUAUGCGACGUGUCCGGGCGUGAUGUGUCGCUUGUUCGACGCGCUUCGGCAGUGCGCCGCCGCCCACUUCCCGCACAACGCGGAGGUGCGCUACUCCGUGGUCUCCGGCUUCAUCUUCCUCAGGUUCUUCGCGCCCGCCAUCCUCGGCCCGCGGCUCUUCGACCUCACCACCGAGCAGAUCGACCCGCAAACGAAUCGCACGCUGACGCUGAUCUCGAAGACCAUCCAGUCGCUGGGCAACCUGGUGAGCAGCCGCUCGGCGCAGCAGGUCUGCAAGGAGGAGUACAUGGCCGAACUGUACCGCAGCUUCUGCACUGAGAGACAUGUGCAAGCAAUAAAGCAGUUUUUGGAAAUAAUCUCUACCAGCUCGGACACUCAGAACAAUAAUGUACAAGAGACGUCCGUGCUACUUAAAGAAGGCACGAUGAUAAAGCGGUCGGAAGGAGGUCGCGCGGGCGCGGGGUCGCCGCGCCGGCGCUGGGCGCGCGCUGCGCACUCGCACGCCAAGCGAAGACAUUUCAGGCUUACCAGCGGUGAGCUGUCAUGGUCGCGCUGCGGCGCGCGGCUGCCGGCGCAGCGACUGGCGCUGGGCGGCGUGCUGGCCGUGGCGGCCGUGGACGCGCCGCCGCAGGGCGCGCCGCUCGGCACCAGCAACAUCUUCCAGAUCGUUCACCGCGAACGAGUUCUCUACGUACAAGCGAACAACUGCGUGGAGCGCGCGGAGUGGGUUCGACUGCUAUCCGCGCUCUGCAGACACUCGCCCGCCGUGCGCUCGCACCGCGGGUACUACCAGGAUACUCAUUGGACUUGUUGCGGACGCAGCGAGCCGGACGCGGAGGGCUGCGGAGACGCGGCGCUGGCGGCGGGCGCGGCGGCGCUGGCGCUGCAGCUGGACCCCGCGCGCGACCUGCAGCGUCUGCACGCGCUGCUGGUCGCGCACGCCGCGCACAUCGACCAGCGCGCGCUCGUCUUCGUCGAUAACACGUCGCCAGAGGACCGCGAGGCCGAGGCGGCGACGCUGCGAGACCUCCAGGAGGAGAUGUUCCACCUCGAGUACCGGCACCGCAUCUACCGGCGGUCGCUGGCGCGGGAGACCAAGUACGGAAGCAAACAAGCGCCCAUAGGCGACGACAACUACUUACACUUGGCGGGGGCUGCAGGCGCGGCGGGGGCGGAGGGGCUGGCGUGGCGCGGCUGGCGCGACCUCGAGGGCAACGACCCCGGGGUCACCGACCUCGUGUCCAGCAGCGAGUCGCUCAAGCUGGCGCGCCUCGCCUCCGACCGCUGCUCGGGCAAGUCCAACAAGUCCGCCGGCAGCGGCUACCUCUCCAUGUCCUGUCUCAAGCACGAGCCCGAUGACGACAGCGAUGAACAGGACAAGCCCGCGCUCCCACCGAAGCCGCGUGGCGCCUUACUCAGCGAGUACGUGGCCGUGAAGCCGCGUCUGCGCUGCAAGGAGUACGAGCUCAUGACGGACUUCAGCAGUGCCCGCCAGUUGCCGCCCGCCGUGCCCCCGCGCGCGCGCCCCCGCCGCGCCGACGCCCCCGCCGACCCCGACACCCUCUCCAAUGACGACAGCCUGCUGGACGAGCUGCAGCGCGACUACUGCGUGCUCAAGGUCUGCGAGGACGAGACGGAUGACGCGCCCUUCUCCAGGGCCUGCGUGCAGAGGAAGUCCAACCCCGGCCAGAGCCCGGCGGGCGCGCCGCGGCCGCUCAAGACGUCCAGCUCCACGUCCAACGUGCAGGAGGCGGGCGCCACGUCGCGGCUGGCCGAGCGCCUGACGCCCUUCUUCCUCAAGAAGAAGCCCAAGGCGGAGGCGGCGCGCGGGCAGUCGCUGGAGCUGGCGGGCCCGCGCCGCAUGGAGCGCUCGGCCACGGCCGUGGACAUGGACUCGUCCGUGGUGGCCGGCCUCAAGCUGCUGAGCCUGCACCGGUUCGGCGCGCCGGACGACGGCCAGUGCCGCUCGGACGCGGACGCGGACGCGCUGGACGCGGCCUGGCGCCGCUCGCUGCUGGCCACCAACGACAUCCGCCUCUAGCACCCGCCACGGGUUUCCUUCAAUAUAUUUUUCGAACUCUUUUCGUCGACCUGAAGCGUGCCUCCUCUAGUUCGUAGUGGCUUCUUCGAAAGAACACCGGUACGUUUAGAUGUACGAUAGCGUAAUACUCAAAUGGUGCCAAGCGAUGUGCGACCUCGUCGUCGAUCGACGACUUCUCAUUCCUCUAGCACAAUAAAUUAUAAAAUUCUAAAUAUUGUACUGAUCGGUAAGUUUUCUAUGUUUGAUGUCUCACAUUGAAACUAGCAAUAUAUAAAUUAGUAUAUUUUUGUAUAAUUAAAUAGAUAUUGAAAUAUUAUUAAAAAUGUAUUGUAUUAAAUAUUCAUGAAAUAACAAUUAAUAUUUCAUGUGUCUUCUAACAACGGCUAGCGAAUAUCUUCCGAAGUUCUUAUUAUUAAAACAAUAUUCGAGAAGAAAUAAUUUUCUGAAUAAAAUUAACUAUUUAAGCAACUUUUAAGACUUCUGGACUCAAUUACUGCAAAACACAACAGUAUGUACUUAAGUUUGAUAUUAUCUAAAAAUCGAUUUAUUUUACUUAUAUUAGUGAAUGAUGUAGUAAACGAUUGAAGGUACAUGAAUAUUGGCAAGGCCUUAGGAUGGUGCGGUUCCGUUCGUGCGGGCCGCACGUCUCCACUUGUAAACACCAUUACUUAAACUGUGAUUCACUAUACAAACUCGGCUUAUCAAUUUAAAUGUAGUUAUUAUCUGUACAUAUACAAUAAUUCAGUCAAUUGCAAAUUAUAUCGAAUACUAAAACUCGUACAGGAGGUACAUUUAGAUGAUUUUAGUUUUAAUUAAAUAAUAAUUAUUAUUGCAAUAGUUUCUGAUAAUUUUAAAACUCGAUUUGUAUUUUAUGUGCAUUGUUGUCCUCUUAAUGUGGGGAAAAUUUUAACUUUAAGAUAAAUAAUGUACAAAUUAAUAUUUCUCAAAAAUAUACAUAUUAUGUUAUUUAUUUCACUUAUUUUCAUUUUGUUAAUAAAAUUUCACAAACGUUCAAACUUAA